GCUGCGCUUCCUCCCGAGGCAUGCUGGGAGCCUGGAGGACUGGCGAGGAGGAGUUGAGAGAACGGAGCGGACGCCAUGGCGGCCGACAUCGAGCAGGUUUUUAGGUCUUUCGUGGUCAGUAAAUUCCGGGAAAUCCAACAAGAGCUUUCCAGUGGAAGGAGUGAAGGCCAGCUGAAUGGUGAAACAAAUACACCUAUUGAAGGAAACCAGGCAGGUGAUGCAGCUGCCUCUGCCAGGAGCCUACCAAAUGAAGAAAUAGUGCAGAAAAUUGAGGAAGUACUUUCUGGGGUCUUAGACACAGAACUACGGUAUAAACCGGAUUUGAAAGAGACCUCCAGAAAAAGUAGAUGUGUAUCUGUACAAACUGAUCCUACUGAUGAAGUUCCCAGCAAGAAAUCAAAGAAGCAUAAAAAGCACAAAAAUAAAAAGAAGAAAAAGAAGAAAGAAAAGGAAAAAAAAUAUAAAAGACAGCCUGAGGAAUCUGAGUCAAAGCUGAAAUCUCAUCAUGAUGGGAAUGUAGAUCUAGAAUCUGAUUCCUUUUUAAAAUUUGAUUCUGAACCUUCAGUGAUGGCACUGGAACAUCCUGUAAGAGCCUUUGGCCUAUCUGAGACCAUUGAAUCCCCUGUAGUUGUGCUAGAACCUCCAGUAGUACCGAUGGAGGUUUCAGAGCCACAUGUCUUAGAAACUCUGAAGCCAGCUGUAAAAACUUCAGAACUGGCCGUUGGAUCUACAUCAGUAAUCUCAGAGCAGUCAGAGCAGCCUAUGUCAGUAAUGCCUACAUCCUUGACAAAGAUUCUUGAUCCCUUUGCAACAGCACCAGUGCCUAUGUCAACAGCAGUGCUGAAGUCAUCUGAGCCAGUUGUAACAAUGUCAGUGGAGUAUCAGAAGUCUGUGCUGAAAUCUUUGGAGAAUACCUCUCCAGAGCCGUCAACGAUCAUGCCGGUAGAACCUCCCGUAGCAAAAGUGCUUGAGCCAUCAGAAACCCCUGUGAUAACAUCAGAGACACCUACUGAGGUGCGCCCUGAACCAAGCACAUCAACAACAAUGGAUUUUCCAGAGUCAUCUGCAACUGAAGUUCCAAGAUUGCCAGAGCAGCCUGUAGAAGCCCCCUUGGAGAUUGCAGAUGCAUCCAUGACAACACCCCAGGAGUCACUGGAGCUGCCUAAGACCACAACGUUGGAGCUGCAGGAGUCGUCGGUGGCCUCAGCCCUGGAGUUGCCGGGGCCACCUGCGACCUCCGUGCUGGAGUUGCAGGGGCCCCCUGUGACUCCAGUGCUGGAGUUACCUGGGCCCUCUGCUACCCCUGUGCUGGAGUUGUCAGGGCCCCUUUCUACCCCAGUGCCUGAGUUGCCAGGGCCCCCUGCGACAGCAGUGCCUGAGUUGCCAGGACCCUCGGUGACACCAGUGCCACAGUUGUCGCAGGAAUUGCCAGGGCCCCCAGCUCCAUCCAUGGGGUUGGAGCCACCACAGGAGGUACCAGAGCCACCUGUGUUGGCACAGGAGUUGCCAGGGGUGUCUGCAGUGUCAGCAGCAGUAGAAUUGCCGGGGCAGCCUGCGGUAACAGUAGCAAUGGAGUUGACCGAACAACCUGUGACGACGACAGAGUUCGAGCAGCCUGUGGUGAUGACAACGAUGGAACAUCCUGGGCAUCCUGAGGUGACAACGGCAACAGGGUUGCUGGGGCAGCCUGAGGCAGCAAUGGUGCUGGAGUUGCCAGGACAGCCAGUGGCAACCACAGCGCUGGAGUUGCCUGGGCAGCCUUCGGUGACUGGGGUGCCAGAGUUGUCAGGGCUGCCUUCGGCAACUAGGGCACUGGAGUUGUCGGGGCAGUCUGUGGCAACUGGGGCACUAGAGUUGCCUGGGCAGCUCAUGGCAGCUGGGGCACUGGAGUUCUCGGGGCAGUCUGGGGCAGCUGGAGCACUGGAGCUUUUGGGGCAGCCCCUGGCAACAGGGGUGUUGGAGUUGCCAGGGCAGCCUGGGGCGCCAGAGUUGCCUGGGCAGCCUGUGGCAACUGUGGCGCUGGAGAUCUCUGUUCAGUCUGUGGUGACAACAUCGGAGCUGUCAACGAUGACCGUGUCGCAGUCCCUGGAGGUGCCCUCGACGACAGCGCUGGAAUCCUAUAAUACGGUAGCACAGGAGCUGCCUACUACAUUAGUAGGGGAGACUUCUGUAACAGUAGGAGUGGAUCCCUUGAUGGCCCAAGAAUCCCAUAUGUUAGCUUCUAACACCAUGGAGACCCAUAUGUUAGCAUCCAACACCAUGGACUCCCAAAUGCUAGCAUCCAAUACCAUGGACUCCCAGAUGCUAGCAUCCAACACCAUGGACUCUCAGAUGUUAGCCUCUAGCACCAUGGACUCCCAGAUGCUAGCAACUAGCUCCAUGGACUCCCAGAUGUUAGCAACUAGCUCCAUGGACUCCCAGAUGUUAGCAACCAGCUCCAUGGACUCCCAGAUGUUAGCAACCAGCUCCAUGGACUCCCAGAUGUUAGCAACCAGUUCCAUGGACUCUCAGAUGUUAGCAACCAGUUCCAUGGACUCUCAGAUGUUAGCAACUAGCUCUAUGGACUCCCAGAUGUUAGCAACCAGCACCAUGGAUUCUCAAAUGUUAGCAAGCAGCACCAUGGACUCCCAGAUGUUAGCAACCAGCUCUAUGGAUUCCCAGAUGUUAGCAUCUGGCACUAUGGAUUCUCAAAUGUUAGCUUCGGGCACCAUGGAUGCUCAGAUGUUAGCGUCGGGUACCAUGGAUGCCCAGAUGUUAGCAUCUAGUACUCAAGAUUCUUCUAUGUUGGGUUCAAAAUCUCCUGAUCCCUACAGGUUAGCUCAGGAUCCUUACAGGUUAGCUCAGGAUCCCUAUAGGUUGGGUCAUGACCCCUAUAGGUUAGGUCAUGAUGCUUACAGGUUAGGGCAGGACCCGUAUAGAUUAGGCCAUGAUCCCUAUAGACUAACUCCUGAUCCCUAUAGGAUGUCACCUAGACCCUACAGAAUAGCACCUAGGUCUUACAGAAUAGCACCUAGGCCAUACAGGUUAGCACCUAGACCCCUCAUGUUAGCAUCUAGGCGGUCUAUGAUGAUGUCCUAUGCUGCAGAACGUUCCAUGAUGUCAUCUUAUGAGCGCUCUAUGAUGUCUUAUGAGCGGUCUAUGAUGUCUCCUAUGGCUGAGCGCUCCAUGAUGUCAGCCUAUGAGCGCUCUAUGAUGUCAGCUUAUGAGCGCUCUAUGAUGUCUCCUAUGGCUGAGCGCUCCAUGAUGUCAGCCUAUGAGCGCUCCAUGAUGUCAGCCUAUGAGCGCUCCAUGAUGUCCCCUAUGGCUGAUCGAUCUAUGAUGUCCAUGGGUGCCGACCGAUCUAUGAUGUCAUCGUACUCUGCAGCUGACCGGUCUAUGAUGUCAUCGUAUUCUGCAGCUGACCGGUCUAUGAUGUCAUCUUAUACUGAUCGUUCAAUGAUGUCUAUGGCAGCUGAUUCUUAUACUGAUUCUUACACUGAUACAUAUACGGAGGCAUAUAUGGUGCCACCUUUGCCUCCUGAAGAGCCCCCAACAAUGCCACCAUUGCCACCUGAGGAACCACCAAUGACUCCUCCAUUGCCUCCUGAGGAGCCACCAGAAGGUUCAGCAUUACCCACUGAGCAGUCGGCAUUAACAGCUGAAAAUACUUGGCCUACAGAGAUGACAGCAUUAACUACUGAAGGGUCUGUUUCACACCCUGAGCCUCCUGCAAGUCAAAGUGAGAUUUCAGAGCCUUUGGCAGUUCCUGCUAAUUAUUCAGUGUCGGGAUCAGAGACCUCAAUGUUAGUAUCGGAGGCUGGCGUAGCUAUUGCAGAACCUCCACAAGAGCCAGAGUCUUCAGUUACAGCUAUACCUGCUGAGUCUGCUGUAGUAGCAGAACACGAAAUUGUUCCAGAGACACCAGUGAUGUACAUGAUGUCUGACACUCCCAUGUCAACUGAAGCAACUGUGUUAACAUCGGAACCUCCUAUUACGUCAGAGACAGCAGAAACAUUUGAUUCCAUGAGACCAUCUGUACAUGCUGCCUCAGAGGUGUCUGUGUCCCUGCUGGAGCCACCAGUAACUAUUCCAGAGCCAGCAGAGAGCAGUCUGGAUCUGUCAGCCACAGUUGUACCAGAGCCUUCCAUUGUGGCUAUCCCAGAACCACCUGCUCUGGCUGUCCCAGAACCACCUGCUCUGGCUGUCCCGGAACCACCUGCUCUGGUUGUCCCGGAACCACCUGCUGUGGCCGUCCCAGAGCCCCCUGCUGUUGCUGUUCUAGACCCUGUUGCUGUGGCUAUCCCAGAACCUCCUGUCAUGGCUACUCCAGAACCUUCCACUGUGCUUGUGCCCGAGCCUCCUGCUGUGGCUGUGCAGGAGCUUCCAUCUGUGGCUGACCCAGAGCAUGUUACCAUUGCUGUGUCUGGUGCUUCUAUUCUUGAGUCGAGUGUGUCUGUCUUGGAGCCGGCAGUAUCAGUCCUUCAACCUGCUGUGAUGGUUUCAGAACCACAUGUUUCUGUCCAGGAACCUACUGUAACUAUUUCUGAGCCUGUUGUCACUCUUGCAGAGCAAAUAACACCACCUGAGAUGGCUGUAGAGACUAUGCCAACAAGAGUGGAGUUUACUGUUAUGGCAUCACAUGCUAUGCAAGGAAUGAAUUUAUCUGGUGAUCAAAAUCUUGCUCCAGAGGUUGGCAUGCAGGAGACUCCACUGCAUUCAGGUGAAGAACCACAUGAUGGAGGACAGCUGAAAAAUGACUCUUACGAAAGUGAACGUGGUAGGAAUACUGACCUUAAUAUAAAUAAUUUUGCUACUAAAGAUAUGGAAUAUAUAGUGUCUGCUGCUACCACAGGCCCUGUUGCUGAAACUGCUGAAGGGAAAACUUUGCCCAUCAAUGAAACUCAACAGAGUACAGUAUUGGAUACUUGUGCGAGUGUUCAUGAACCUAAUGGAGGAACUCUGUCUUCUGGUCUUGCUUUGGAACAUGAUACAAUGGGAACCAGUAAGGGCUUGGAAUUCGUCACAGCAUCUGCUCCCAGUUCAGUUAGUAAAUAUGAUGUUGAUGUAUCUUUAACCACUCAAGAUACUGAGCAUGACAUGGUAAUUUCCACCAGUCCCAGUGGUGGCAGUGAAGCUGACAUAGAGGGACCUUUGCCUGCUAAAGACAUUCAUUUUGAUUUACCCUCAAAUCUUGUUGGUAAGGAUACAGAAGACUCAUUACCUAUAAAAGAGAAUGAUCAGACAUUUGCAGUUGCUCUCAGCCCUAAAGAAAGUAGUGGAGAAGACAAGGAAAAAGAAGUAUCUCUCCCUACUAAAGAAAUCCUUCCAGAUUCAGGAUUUGCUGCCAGCAUUGAUGAAAUUAAUGAGGCAGACUUAGUGAGACCAUUACUUCCUAAGGACAUGGAACGUCUUACAAGCCUUAGAGCUGGCAUUGAAGGACCUUUACUUGCAAGUGAAGUUGAACGUGACAAAUCGGCUGCCAGUCCAGUUGUAAUCAGUAUGCCAGAAAAAGCCUCAGAAUCUUCUUCAGAAGAAAAAGAUGAUUAUGAAAUUUUUGUGAAAGUUAAGGACACACAUGAAAAAAGCAAGAAAAACAAAAAUCGUGAUAAAGGUGAGAAAGAGAAGAAAAGAGAUUCUUCAUUAAGGUCUCGGAGUAAGCGUUCCAAGUCUUCUGAACACAAAUCCCGAAAGCGUACCAGUGAGUCUCGCUCUAGAGCAAGGAAGAGAUCAUCCAAGUCUAAGUCUCACCGCUCUCAAACUCGUUCACGGUCACGUUCAAGACGCAGGAGGAGGAGCAGCAGGUCAAGAUCUAAGUCUAGAGGAAGGAGAUCGGUAUCAAAAGAGAAGCGCAAAAGGUCUCCAAAGCACAGAUCCAAGUCCAGGGAAAGAAAAAGGAAAAGAUCAAGCUCUCGGGAUAACCGAAAAACAGUCAGAGCCCGCAGUCGAACCCCAAGUCGCCGGAGUAGGAGUCACACUCCUAGUCGCCGUAGGAGGUCUAGAUCUGUUGGCAGAAGGUCUAGAUCUGUUGGCAGAAGGAGAAGUUUCAGCAUUUCCCCAAGCCGUCGAAGCCGCACCCCCAGCCGAAGGAGCCGCACCCCCAGCCGACGGAGCCGCACCCCCAGCCGACGGAGCCGCACCCCCAGCCGACGGAGCCGGACCCCUAGCCGGAGGAGCCGCACUCCCAGCCGCCGGAGAAGAUCAAGAUCUGUGGUAAGAAGACGAAGCUUCAGUAUAUCACCAGUCAGAUUAAGGCGAUCAAGAACACCAUUGAGAAGAAGAUUUAGCAGGUCUCCCAUCCGUCGUAAAAGGUCCAGGUCUUCUGAAAGAGGGAGAUCACCCAAACGCCUAACAGAUCUGGAUAAGGCUCAGUUACUUGAAAUAGCCAAAGCUAAUGCAGCUGCCAUGUGUGCUAAGGCUGGUGUUCCUCUACCGCCAAACUUAAAGCCUGCACCUCCACCUACAAUAGAAGAGAAGGUUGCUAAAAAGUCUGGAGGAGCCACCAUAGAAGAACUAACUGAGAAAUGCAAACAGAUUGCACAGAGUAAAGAAGAUGAUGAUGUAAUUGUGAACAAACCUCAUGUUUCGGAUGAAGAGGAAGAAGAACCUCCUUUUUACCAUCAUCCCUUUAAACUCAGUGAACCCAAGCCCAUUUUUUUCAAUCUCAAUAUUGCUGCAGCAAAGCCAACUCCACCAAAAAGCCAGGUGACAUUAACAAAAGAAUUUCCUGUGUCAUCUGGAUCUCAGCAUCGUAAAAAAGAGGCAGAUAGUGUUUAUGGAGAGUGGGUUCCUGUAGAGAAAAAUGGUGAAGAAAAUAAAGAUGACGAUAAUGUUUUCAGCAGCAGUUUACCCUCAGAGCCUGUGGACAUCUCUACAGCAAUGAGUGAACGGGCACUUGCUCAGAAGAGACUCAGUGAGAAUGCAUUUGACCUUGAAGCUAUGAGCAUGUUAAAUCGAGCUCAAGAACGGAUUGAUGCCUGGGCUCAGUUGAACUCUAUUCCUGGCCAGUUCACAGGAAGUACAGGAGUACAAGUUUUGACACAGGAACAACUGGCCAAUACUGGUGCCCAAGCCUGGAUUAAAAAGGAUCAGUUCUUAAGAGCAGCCCCAGUAACUGGAGGAAUGGGAGCCGUUUUGAUGCGAAAAAUGGGCUGGAGAGAAGGAGAAGGAUUAGGAAAAAACAAAGAAGGAAAUAAGGAACCCAUCUUGGUUGACUUUAAGACAGACCGUAAAGGUCUUGUUGCAGUAGGAGAGAGAGCACAAAAGAGGUCUGGGAACUUCUCUGCAGCAAUGAAAGACUUGUCAGGUAAACAUCCUGUGUCUGCUUUGAUGGAAAUCUGUAAUAAAAGAAGGUGGCAGCCACCUGAAUUUCUCUUGGUCCAUGAUAGUGGCCCUGAUCAUCGCAAACAUUUUCUCUUUAGGGUAUUGAUAAAUGGAAGCGCUUACCAGCCCAGCUUUGCCAGCCCUAAUAAGAAGCAUGCUAAAGCCACAGCAGCUACUGUGGUUCUUCAAGCAAUGGGCCUUGUACCAAAGGACCUCAUGGCUAAUGCCACUUGCUUCAGGAGUGCCUCACGUAGAUAGAUUGAGGUUUUAUAUUAAUCAUUUCCAGAUAAUUUUACUCUGCAUCACAAUGUAUUUCCACUUUAAUGUUGUAAAUAUUUGGCAAUUUAAGACGUUGUGUAAAAAGCAAUCUGUACAAACAUCUUCAGGCUUUGAUUUUUGUACCAUGGAAAUUGUAUUUAACCAUACAGGGUUUUGGUAUGUUUAUAUUGUUCACCUUAGUGAUGUAUUUGUUUAAGUGGCUAACAUCUAAACAGUUGUUUGAAGGCACCAGUAAUCUUCAGUGUGGAAUGUUAAAUAACGCUUUUAUACUGUAUUUUGUACUAUGAUGUACCUUCCCUUCUUUAUGGCUAGGCUGCUGUAACACUUGCCUGUAAUCAGUGAAGGGCUGUGCACCUUGUACUAUUUCACAAUGGGUUCUGCUGGACAGAUACUGGGCCAGUGUUAUUGAGGAAGUCAAGCAAGAUCUGCUCCAUAAGGCUAAUGCCACCAUCUCCCCUUAAAUUUUUGUAGAGGUUAUAAAAAGAAAGUGAUAUGUGAUGAUGAGCACUAAGUCCUGCAUUCCCAUUAAAGCCACUUGGGUCAUAAGGAGGGAGUCAAAAUGGAAGUCUGACUAGAAUUCUACUGCAGAGGCCAAGUACAUUUAGUAUGGCUUGAGUUGUGAUAUAGUUUUAAUUUGAUGUGCAUUUUGAAUUUCAGCUACAUCUAGAUAGACGUAAAUGAUAAUUAAAAUGCUGUAACCAACUUAUCUAAUAAAAUUGGCAACCAAGCCACUAUUUUGUUGACUAUGAGAAAGUUUAUGUUAAUUUUUUAGGGUCUUAAUAGAGUAUUUCAUUGUGUAUUACAGUGGUAUUCAUAUGCUAUGUCUCUAAACUUUAUUUUCAAAAGCUCAAGGCCCAAAUACAAACUUCUCUGGAAUAAA